UGCUGCUGCUCACUGCCCGAGAGUGCAGUCUGACUGAAAGCAACAACUUCAGGCCAUGGCUCCGCCUUUGAUCUGAGAGUAAGUCAGGAAGCUCUCUCUAACUCAUCGAUCGCCCACAGCCUCACCAGCCAGGUAUUUUGAUCACGAUGAAGAGUAUUGUCCAGCCAAUAGCAGUGUGGGAGAGGAAAGCACCGUCUCACUCAAUCUGCGCUCUCAUGCUAACCGAUGAUCAGCGAACUAUCGUGACAGGGAGCCGGGAAGGGCAGAUUUGCCUCUGGAACCUGUCACCUGAUUUCAAGACGCUGCCAAGACACUUUCUGUUUGGUCACACUUCUCCCAUUACCUGCCUGGGCAAAGCAAGUGAGAAGCAACCGUGUGUUGUCAGCGCAGCUGAAAAUGGGGAGAUGUGUCUUUGGAAUGUCACCAGUGGCCAAUGUAUAGAACAUACAAAACUGCCCUUCACCCACACUGCAAUCUAUUACUAUUACCGUUCGUUUCGGAUGUCCGGUGAUGGCUGGUUGCUUUGUUGUGGACAGUAUCAGGAUGUCCUGGUCAUUGAUGCUCGCAGUCUGGAGCUUUGCCAUGCGCUUGUUUCAUCUGCGACACCUGACUGGAUCAGCUCAAUGUGUAUCGUCCGUUCCCAAAGGAUUCAAGAGGAUUCCUUGGUGGGCAUAUCAGUGACAGGAGACCUCAAAGUGUGGGAUCUUUCUUCAUCAGUUAAUGGUAUCCAGGCAAGGGAGGAUGUUUUUGAAGCAGAAUCCAAGUCACUCCAAUGUUUUAAUUGUCAAGCAGUCUGUUUCUGUACCUAUACUGAACGUUUGCUGUUAGUAGUUUGCUCUGAUUGCUGGAAGGUAUUUGAUUACUGUGACUUCUCAUUGCUGUGCUUUGUCAACUGCAAUAAUGGUCACCACUGGGCUGGUGGCGAAGUCUUGGCUGCAAACAAAAUAAUCAUCUGGACCGAGACCGGGCACAGUUACAUCUACCAGCUGCCCGACAGGUGGGGACAGAUGGGGAAACCACGUGAAAAGUUCAGCAGCCUGUUCAAAGCUGGCAUUUUUACUUCGCACGGACAUUCAUUAACUGAAACUGUUUCACCUCGGUUGCUCUGCUAUACAUCAAAAGAUGUUAACCGGAAGUUUCUUCAGACAAUUCUGAUUUUUAUCAACGAGCGUAAAGAACCAUUUCAUAAGAUUCUGUUCUCUGGUGAAGCAUCAGGAACGAUUUCCAUGUGGCACAUUCCUGAUGUUCCAAUGGCCAACCGUGAUGGUUCCCCUCAAGAAAUUCAGAUAGCUACGACAUUGAGUCUUCAAGAAGCAUUUGAGCAACAUAAGAUCUUGACGGAAGAAAUAACUGGCCAGCUUGGUGUACUCCCAAAUGGAAUCCAAACUGGUUUGAUUACCGCUAGUGUCUAUAUUCCCAAUCUCGAUAACCUGGUUUAUGGAUGUGAAAAUGGGAGAAUUAUAAUUACCCUUGGCUUGCAUGCUGCCCGGGCUCAACUCCUGGUGGAACACUCCUUGUUGAAAGCCUGGUUACCCCACAGGAUUCUGGUGGGUCACUGUGCUAAAGUCACCUGUCUCCUCCACCCAUGCAAUAAAUCUGCGACCUUUGACACCAGCUGGUUGGUCUCUGGGGACGAGGAUUCGAAUGUGAUCUGGUGGAAUAUGUUCAAAGGAGAAGUUCUGCACAAAUUUGUGUUGCAUGCAGGCCCAGUACUGAACCUGUCAGUAUGUCCAGAAGACUGUGGUCCAGAGAUACACCAGUGCAUUUGCUGUUUAGCAAAUGAUAAUUCUGUCACAUUGUUGAGUCUUCAAUACCGAACAUGCUUGAUGCAUGCAAGAAAACAUCUUUCACCAGUGAAGAUAAUAAAAUGGCGUCCAGCAGAAGACCUCCUUGUAGUUGGAUGUGAUGAUGGAGCAGCAUAUGUUUGGGACGUUGAGACUGGUACUCUUGAUCGUCAUGAGACUGGUGAUAUUGCAAAAGCAAUCAUUGCUUCAUGUGAUGACACAUCAUCUACAUUCGUGAAUGUUAUGGAUUCGAUAUCUCUGGGAAUUAGACCUCCAGAUCCAAUCAAGAAGAAGAACACUAACUACAAACAAUCUGGCUCAUUCAAAUUCAGCUCCUCUUCACCUGCUUUCCAAACUGCAGAAAGCUCCAAAUCUUCCGAGAAGUCUGCAUUUCUGGAACCAACUCUGCAGCCAUUCACGGUGCUGCCUGUGAAGACAAAAUGGAGUGAUAGCACCAUCCACGUUUUACUAUUUGACGUCAGUGCCAUUUGCGAACAGCUGCUCUCACAUCAAGAGAAAGAGCCCAAGAUACAGAAUACCAUCCCAAACCAUGAAACGUUAAAGAGACUAGCUAACAUUGAUGGCAAAAAACCACCAAUAUCCUUAAAAAGAAAUAAGGCAACAUCGUCUCCAUGUCAGGCAAAUGGUUCGGUUAAAGAUUUAGUCCAUGACCAUUUAUUUUAUAGCGAAAGCAUCACAAACGGACUUGCACGGGAAAGUGCUGCAAUUAGCAAACAAAAAACUAAACUCAAGGGUACGAAAAGGGUUACACCAUCAACAGUAAAAAGAAUGGAUGUUAAUACAGCCAGAGACACAGCUAAGUUACUCAUUUCUUGCCUGUUUCCAUGGGGUGUGGAUCGAGACCUGGAUGAACUCUGCACAAAGCAUCUGGGCAUGUUUGAGCCUUGCUGUCCAGUGUCCUUUGGCCUUUUGUCACAAGACGAUCACUUGUCUCUCCUUUUGCCGGGAUGGUAUCGGCUCAAUCGGGAGGGGACAAAGGAUUAUGUAUUCUGCAGCAAGAUAUCAAAUAAAGUUGUGGAACUUGCAAAACAGGUCUCAAACAUUACCCAGCUUUGUACUGUCUCUGUGGAGGAGAUCCUGAGUGAUGAAGCAGAUGGAAACUUUCAGUUAGAAAUGACAUCCUAUUUGCUAUCUGUCAUCUUGUUGGUCAAUGUACAGAUGAGAAUGUCUUUUCUGUCCAAGGGGAACGAAACACAUAAUGCCAUGAGGCAGCAGAAGACAGAAUGCCUAAGAGGUAAAGGAGGGGAUGCCUUCCACUCAUCAAUCCCAUCAUUUUCUGCAGAAGGGAAACAAAACCGAACUUUUUCUCUACCCUGGGGCUUAAGUAAGGAAAAGAGUUUCGACACCCUUACCAGCCUGAUCGCUAGUUGGCAAGUGCAGUCAGUGGAGCUGUUGGAAGCAGUACAAGCCAUGCUGCUCUCAGAAGUUCAGAGGGUUUUCAGAUCUUUGAGAAAGAAACCAAUCUGUAACCAAGCAUUGACUGGAGCGCAGAAUGGCAGCAGUGACUCCCAAAGUGAACAAAUAGAGUUACAAGAAACACAACAAAAUCCAAGCACAACAAUGCUUUCUGCACACAACAUGCAUGACAACAGCCCAGAGCCGGCAAAGCACCAAGAACCUGAGGAUGUGCCUGACAGACGUGCCUUUGAGGAGUCGGACAGUCCAGACAGUCUGAGAGAGUGGCCUAUGUCCAGGAUCUGUUUUUGCAAAGUCUGCUGAAUUAACCAGGCAUCUACUACUGGUGACUUGUCCUCCAUUUAAUCAAAUGAUAUCAAAAUUAAGAUGGAUUAAAUAUUGAAGGAGUUUGAGCUGUUAAUAACAGACUGGAUUCAUGACCUGGUACUGGAAUGGGUAAGGAUUUUGAGACGGAAAAUAAAUAAUUCUAUCCAACAAUACCAAAUCCAUGUGUCAAAAACUGAGAUGACUUUGAGAGCAUUUCUUGAAUUUGCUGUUUGGUUUAUAUUAUGCAAUUGUGCUGCCAUUUGUAAUUAAUCCAGUGUACCAUUUAUUGAUAAUAAAAGUUAAAUGCCAGAUUCAAGAUUUGUUCUCAAUUUUAUGUUUCAUGAAAAUAAAAUAAAGUCAAAUGUAUCGAUGAUUUGAACUCCCAAAUGUAUAAAGAAAGAAUUUAUAUCAUAUCUGUCAUGAUCUGUACAUUGCAGUAAUUGAGCAUUCUAUGAAGUGUAAUGACUUAUGAUGUAGAAAACACUGUAACCAAUUUGCAUGUAGCCAGCUCCCAUGGACUGCAAUGUGACAGUAACUAAACUGUUUUUAAUGAUGUUGAAUAAGAAAUAAACAUUGAACACAAAAUAUAGAACAUUACAGCGCAGUACAGGCCCUCCGGUCCUCAAUAUUGCGCCAACCUAUCAUACCAAUCUGAAGCCCAUCUAAUCUACACUAUUCCAUGUAUGUCCAUAUGCUUGUCCAAUGACGACUUAAAUGUACUUAAAGCUGGCGAAGCUACUACCAUUGCAGGCAAAGCAUUUCAUACCCUUACUACUCUCUGAGUAAAGAAACUACCUCUGACAUCUGUCCUAUAUCUACCACCCCUCAAUUUAAAGCUAUGCCCCCUCGUGCUCGCCGUCACCAUUCUUGGAAAAAGGGUCUCCCUGUCCACCCUAUCUAACCCCCUGAUUAUCUUAUAUGUCUCUACUAAGUCACCUCUCCACCUUCUUCUCUCUAAUGUAAUCAGCCUCAAGUCCCUCAGCCUUUCCUCGUAAGACCUUCCCUCCAUACCAGGCAACAUCCUAGUAAAUCUCCUCUGCACCCUUUCCAAAGCUUCCACAUCCUUCUUAUAAUGCAGUGAGCAGAACUGUACACAAUACUCCAAGUGCGGCCACACCAGAGUUUUGUACAGCUGCAGCAUAAUCUCAUGGUUCCGGAACUCGACCCCUCUAUUAAUAAAAGAUAAAACACUGUAUGCCUUCUUAACAACCCUGUCAACCUGGGUGGUAACUUUCAAGGAUCUAUGUACCUGGACACCGAGAUCUCUCUGCUCAUCUACACUACCAAGAAUCUUACCAUAAGCCCAGUACUUUGCACUCCAGUUACUCCGACCAAAGUGAAUCACCUCACACUUGUCCGCAAUUACAGAUCCAAACUGCUGUAUCUCCCACAAUCCCAUUCCUCUGCAUUUUGUACUGUGGGGAACCUUAUCGAAUGCCUUGCUGAAAUCCAUAUACACCACAUCAACCUGUUUACUCUCAUCUACCUGGGACACUGGUGAUAAUUCCUGUGUUCUUCCUUGAAAUACACCCACCUGAGGGGGCAGGUUGGGCCUAAGUCUCGCAACUCAUCUGGAAAUUGGUAUCUCGGACAGUAUAGAUCUCCUUCAGUACUCGGAGUGUCAGUCUAGAUCCUUGAAGUUUCUGACUUUUGGUAUAAGUAACAUUAACACAAGCCAGACAGAGAACAGCCAGAGAAUUCCUAGAAGCAUGGCAUUCAUCCCCAAACUCCAUCAAUAGACACAUUGACCUGGACACCAUAUACAAACCACUACAGCUGAAACUGACACCCGGAAACGGCAAGAACAUCCAUCAACAGACACAUCGACCUGGACCCCAGAUACAAAUCACUGCAGCUGAAACUGACACCCGGAAGCGGCAAGAACAAACCAGUAUAAAUACCGGAAGAAACAUCAAAGCAGCGCUUCACACGAGGCUCCCACCGCACUGAUGAUGUUCCCUAGCCAGGGAACGAAACGUUUGCAGCAAAAACUUCCAGCUCAGCGAGCAGAACCACAACAACAUUAACACAAGCUUAGAGCAAGGAACAUGAACAGACAAUUCAGGUUAAACUAUGCAGAAUAUCUGAAAAAACGUUACAUGGGCUGGAAGGAGGAAUAGGGGUGGAUAGUGUUAGUAAAUUUAAAAGAAAACAUCAAAAAUAUUCAGUGUAGAAAGUAAUUGUAGUAUAGAAAGUGGGAUAUGUUUCAUUUUAAGCUUUGGGUAGAUGAGGAGGGUGACCUUAUCUCUCAUGAUGCUAAACAUUUCCAUGCUCCUAAAUACAAUACUGUUAAAUAUGCAGCUAAAAUUGAACUAUCACAAUGCUUUGUGUAUUCAUAUUCUGUACUGGGUAAUUAUAACAAAACAAUUGUGUGGCAAAACCCAUACAAGAAACAUACAAAAUCCUGUCUUUCAUUUAUAAUAAACUGAACAUGCAGUAAUAUGGAGACUGGUUUUAGCAGAGACUCUAUGGAUUUAGCAACUCACUGCACAUUGCUAUGAGUUAAUAGUUUACUCAAGUUUACCCUUCCUGUUAAACAACUAGAGCAACAUAUCUUAAAAAGUUAUAUUCCCCAAACUAAUCUGUCAAGGUUUGAUAUGUAAAAUAGCACUAUUGAAAGGUAUUUUUUUCAAAUUGUGAUAUUACUUUCAUUUUACUAAAAUGUUUAAACUUCUCAUUACACAAAAU